AUGUCUGAUGCCGUAUCUGAGAAUGUUUAUAUUAAACCUGUUCAAGUUACUUAUGACAUUGACUGGAACAUGUUAAAUAAAAAAUUAUAUUUUCCAUUAUCAUUAUUAUCAACAUUUACUGUUCGAUGUUUAUUAUAUCCAUUUACUCUUGUUCGAACGAGACUACAGGUACAAGUUCAACAAUCAAUUUACAAUGGAACAUGGGAUGCAUUGAAAACAACUGUUAAAUUAGAAGGAUUUAAUUCAUUAUAUAGAGGCUUUUGGAUCUACAGUUAUCAUUUGAUACCUGGUAUUUUGUAUAUUACAACAUUUGAAGCCACAAGACUGCAAGCAUCAAACAUAUCAUCUAAUACAUAUAUUAAAAGCGCUGUUGGAGGAGGUUUUGCAAGUCUUACUAGUCAAGUUUUAGCUGUUCCAAUAGACAUUGUUAGUCAGCAUAUGAUGCUCGUUGGUUUAACAGCACCAUCAAAACUAACAAAAACGAAUUUGGGAACAGUAUCAGCAACCGAAUCAUCUAAUAAAUUCAAUCAUCGUCAAAUCAAUCGGAUACAUGUACCAAACGAAAUACGUUCGAAUAAUUAUCGAAUAUUCAAACAUAUAUGUCAUACGCUACUGAAGAAGUAUAAACAGGAUGGAAAAAUAUCGAGUGCUAUAAAACCAUUUUAUAGAGGUUAUUUAUUAUCAACUGCGUUAUUCAGUUUGACUUCGAGUAUUUGGUGGCCUGCUUACUAUUUUUAUCAAAAUCAGCUAUUAAAACUUGAUGAAUUUUAUUUACCAUUAAUUAUUAUACAAUGUAUAUCUGGACCAUUAUCUUCGUUAACUUCAACAUUAUUGACAAACCCAUUGGACGUAUGUCGAACUCGUAUACAGGUGGAUAAAGAGAAACGUCCCUAUGGACAUGUUAUAAAACAAUUAUGGAAAGAAGAACGUAUGUCAAUUUUUACCAAAGGAUUGACAGCGAGACUAACACAUUCAUGUGUCUAUUCUCUCUUUGUCAUAUUUGGAUAUGAAACAGUAAAACGUGUUUCAUUAAAAGACGAAUAUAAAUCAUACGUUAGAUGGUAG